CCGGCUGCUCAUCGAUCGCUCUGAUCUCCCUUGAAAUUAAAAUCCCACCAGGAGCUCCUCCGGUGAUCGAUCAUCUCUCGCACAAGAGCACCGAGCGGCUGUGGGCGGACACACGAGGAUUUAGAGUUUAUGUUAUUGGGGAACUUCACAA